AGUCUCCGAACUGAACAGUGGAAACCCCACAAAAACCCUCGACUCGUAGCCUCGCGCACAGCUGCGGCGCGUAGCUAGAGCCCGAAGAGAGAGCGGCGGAUCCGGCGAUGGAGUACGUGAACCCCCUCACCGGCUUCCGCGUCGACGGCCGCCGCCCCAACGAGAUGCGGCAGCUCAAGGGCGAGGUCGGCGUCGUCGCGCGUGCCGACGGGUCGGCGCUGUUCGAGAUGGGCAACACCAGGGUUAUCGCCGCCGUUUACGGCCCUCGAGAGGUUCAGAACAAAGGUCAGCAAGCAAACAGCAACGAGGCUUUGGUGCGCUGUGAGUAUAGGAUGGCAGAAUUUAGUACAGGAGAUCGGAGGAGAAAGCCAAAAGGUGACAGGCGAUCAACAGAAAUUUCGCUUGUUAUUAGACAGACAAUGGAGGCAAGCAUAUUAACACAUUUACUGCCACACUCACAGAUUGAUAUAUUUGUCCAAGUUCUUCAAGCUGAUGGUGGAACAAGGUCAGCAUGCAUCAAUGCUGCAACACUUGCUCUUGCAGAUGCCGGGAUUCCAAUGCGAGAUAUUGUUACAUCUUGUAGUGCUGGGUAUCUGUGUUCUACUCCUUUGCUCGAUUUGAAUUACAUAGAAGACAGUGCUGGGGGUCCAGAUGUCACAGUUGGCAUUCUUGCAAAGAUGGACAAAGUGACUCUUCUGCAGAUGGAUGCAAAGUUACCAAUGGAUACAUUUGAAAACGUAAUGGAACUUGCAAUACAAGGGUGCAAAGCAAUUGCAAGUUACAUCCGUGAGGUGCUUCUGGAGAACACAAAACUGCUGGAGUGUCAGCGUGGUUAGUUAAAUUAGAAGAGUAUCAAGAUUAAUGGUCUGAACCUGUUGAAGAUCGCUGACCCAUCAAUGAACAUCACACAUCGUGUAAAAGGCUUUCUAGUUGAGGAUGAAUGGCCUCGGUGUGGUGCAGUGCAGUGCAGUGCACAGGAAAUAUCUGAGCCUGCUUGUACCAAUCUUCCAGCAGAGUAUUUGCUUCCAGCUAUUUGCUUGUACCAAUCUGAGCCUGCUUGUACCAAUCUUACAGAGUAUGUGCUUCCAGCUAUUUCGCAUACAAGCAUGCUCAGAUUGGUACCAAUCUUCCAGCUAUUUGCUUCCAGAUUUAAAAUCACGAGGAGCUGGGCAAUUUUCUGUAAACUGAUUCAAAUUGAACGUGACAUCCUAUGCUGAUUAUUUGUAGUCGUACUGAUUAUCUCUGUUAUUGUCGGUUUAAGAAGCAUCCGUUUGCUCCAAGAUGAUAGCGCUUUAAGAGCUACAGGUGUUUUACUGAA